AAGCUAAGCCCGGCCAUGAACAAAAUGUACUGACCGAGACCGAGCCCCCCUUCAUAGCUGUGAUCUUCUUCAUCCAUAUCACGUCAUCAAUCUCUAUCUAUAACCUUCUUCAACUUUGCCUUGAUUCAAUUCCUACUUUUACGACGACGACGACGAUCAUCUUCCAAUUUCACAGCAAACAGAUGCAUAUCACGACUACACAUAUACACUAAGGUUUAGCGAGAAAACCGGAAGAACUGGGGGCGAAUCAGUCCAGGGAGACCCCCUCGGCGGCGGCCGGUGCGGGACUAUGGUUCUUUCUACGCCCUAGUCCGCCACGAUCGCAUACUCUUGCUUAUCUACCUCAAAUGGAAUACGUUAACCGUCAUCCUGCAUCCGAUAAUCCUCCCCCUCCCCCUGAGGCUUCAACUACUACUUCCUCUUCUUCUUCAUCUGCUGCUGCUGCUCCGUCUCCACAUUCUCUCGAAGAGCAGGAGUAUUUGGCAAGGUAUCUGGUUAUUAAGCAUUCGUGGAGAGGACGGUAUAAGAGAAUUUUAUGUAUAUCGAAUAAUUCAAUUAUUACUUUGGAUCCUUCCACGCUUUCUGUCACGAAUUCUUAUGAUGUCGGAAACGAUUUCGAAGGAGCGAUUCCGAUUUUAGGAAGGGAUGAUAAUUCACAGGAAUUUAAUAUCAGUGUAAGGACUGAUGGUCGUGGGAAGUUUAAGGGAAUGAAGUUUUCAUCCAAGUAUAAGGCUAGUAUUUUGACUGAGCUUCAUAGGAUAAGAUGGAAUAGGAUCAGUACUGUUGCUGAGUUUCCUGUACUUCAUCUACGGAGGAGGACUUCAGAAUGGAUUCCUUUUAAAUUGAAGAUCACUUAUGUUGGGGUUGAAAUUAUUGACGUGAGAUCUGGAGAUCUUCGCUGGUGCUUGGAUUUUAGAGAUAUGAGUUCUCCAGCAAUUAUACUACUUUCAGAUGCUUAUGGAAAGAAGAACAAUGAGCCUGGAGGUUUUGUUUUGUGCCCAUUAUAUGGAAGAAAAUCAAAAGCUUUCCAAGCUACCUCGGGGACUUUAAAUACUGCUAUUAUUUCACAUUUGACAAAAACUGCCAAGUCUGUUGUUGGAUUAUCUCUGGCUGUGGACAAUUCUCAAACUCUCACACCCUCUGAGUAUCUUAAGAUGAGGGCCAAGGAAGCUAUUCGAGCAGAAGAAACUCCUUCUGGGGGGUGGUCAGUUACAAAGCUGAGAUCUGCUGCUCACGGAACUUUAAAUGUUCCUGGAUCUAGUUUGGGAAUCGGGCCAAAAGGAGGACUUGGGGAACAGGGCGAUUCAGUAUCACGUCAGCUCAUUCUCACUAAGGUUUCACUUGUUGAAAGACGACAUGAUAAUUAUGAGGUGGUUAUUGUCCGUCCAUUAUCUUCCGUGAGUGCUCUCGUGCGAUUUGCAGAAGAGCCUCAAAUGUUUGCUGUUGAAUUUAAUGACGGUUGCCCUAUUCAUGUAUAUUCUAGCACAUCGAGGGAUAGCUUGCUUGCUGCAGUUCGGGACGCAUUACAAUCAGAGGGUCAAUGCCCAGUACCUGUACUACCAAGGCUAACAAUGCCUGGACAUAGAAUUGAUCCACCUUGUGGGAGAGUCCACUUACAACUUGGGCAACUUACUAUUGGACAACAACGUAAUGUUGCUGACAUCGAAAGCAUGACCAUGCAUUUAAAACACCUGGCUGCUGCUGCUAAGGAUGCUGUCAGUGAAGGAGGCUCUAUUCCCGGAUCAAGGGCUAAGUUUUGGCGUAGAAUUAGGGAAUUUAAUGCAUGUAUUAGCUAUGGUGGUGUGCUUCCUAACAUAGAAGUGCCAGAAGUGACCUUGAUGGCCUUGAUCACAAUGCUUCCUGCUGCUCCAAACCUCCCUCCAGAUUCCCCUCCUUUGCCUCCUCAUUCACCUAAGGCAGCUGCAACUGUUAUAGGUUUCAUCGCAUGUUUGCGUAGAUUGCUUGCAUCUAGAAGUGCUGCCUCACAUGUCAUGUCUUUUCCUGCUGCUGUUGGGAGGAUAAUGGGAUUGCUUAGAAAUGGUUCUGAAGGAGUAGCUGCUGAAGCUGCAGGGCUUAUUGCUGUACUUAUCGGGGGUGGGCCUGGAAAUAUGAAUUUAGUAACUGACACCAAAGGAGAAUGGCAUGCUACAGUUAUGCACACUAAAUCUGUUUUAUUUGCUAGUAAUAGCAAUGUUAUUAUCCUUGUCAACAGAUUAAGGCCUAUGUCUGUUUCACAGCUAUUAUCAAUGUCUAUUGUUGAAGUUCUAGAGGCAAUGAUUUGUGAACCACAUGGGGAUACUACUCAAUAUACGGUAUUUGUUGAGUUGUUGCGACAAGUAGCUGGUUUACGUCGUCGCUUAUUUGCAUUAUUUGGACAUCCUGCUGGGACUGUAAGAGAGACAGUUGCUGUGAUUAUGCGCACAAUUGCAGAAGAAGAUGCAAUUGCUGCAGAAUUCAUGCGUGAUGCUGCUUUGCGUGAUGGUGCUUUGCUCCGUCAUUUGUUGCAUGCUUUUUUCCUUCCUUCUGGCGAACGCUGUGAUAUCAGCCGUCAACUUGUGGCGCUGUGGGCAGAUUCUUAUCAACCUGCUCUCGAUUUGCUCUCCAGAGUGCUUCCUCCAGGCCUGGUUGCUUAUCUACAUACCCGUUUUGAUGGGGUUCCACUUGAUGGUACACAAAAUGCAUUAGAUCAAGAAGGAUCUUCAUUGAGUAGUCGACAAAGGCGAUUACUUCAGCAGAGGAAGGGUCGUGCAGCACAUCUGACAUCAUCAGUUAAGACUGUUGAAGCUGACUUGGCAAGGCAGAGCAAUGCUGGGGCCUUAAGAUGGCCAGAUGGGCAGCAGACGCCUGCAACUGAUCCAAGUUCAGUAGUGGUUCCAGGUGCUAUAUCUCAAAUUGCUAAUACAGAUGAUGGUUUGACAGAUUCAGGAGCUCCACAAACUGGUAACUUCGUGAAUGCUCCCUCAACAAGUUUACAGGAGUUAAGUGAAACAAAUGCUCUAAAUCCUGUAGAUUCUGUUGAUCAAAAUAUGUCUGGCGUAUUAAACACAGGGAUACCUGGUCCUGCACAGGUUGUUAUAGAGAGCACACCUGUGGGUUCUGGUAGACUUCUUUGUAAUUGGCCUGAAUUUUGGCGAGCAUUUAGCCUGGAUCAUAAUCGUGCAGACUUGAUCUGGAAUGAGCGGACCAGGCAGGAAUUGAGGCAGGCAUUGCAGGCUGAGGUUCAUAACUUAGAUGUUGAGAAGGAGAGAACAGAAGAUAUUGUUCCUGGUAGAUCAACUAUAAAGUCUGUGGCAGGGGAAGAUUGUGCACCUUCUAUAUCUUGGAAUUACUCAGAAUUCCUUGUUAACUAUUCCAGCCUAUCCAAGGAAGUUUGUGUUGGCCAAUAUUAUCUGCGUUUGCUUCUUGAGAGUGGCAGCAGUGGGAGGGUUCAGGAUUUUCCACUUCGUGAUCCCGUUGCUUUCUUUAGAGCCUUGUAUCAUCGCUUCCUAUGUGAUGCAGACACUGGACUGACUGUAGAUGGUGCAGUUCCUGAUGAAAUGGGUGCAUCUGAUGAUUGGUGUGAUAUGGGAAGAUUAGAUGGUUUCGGUGGAGGAGGAGGAUCUUCAGUUAGGGAGCUCUGUGCGAGGGCAAUGGCUAUAGUUUAUGAGCAGCACUACAAAACAAUUGGCCCUUUUGAGGGCACUGCACAUAUUGCUGUCCUGUUGGAUAGGACAGAUGAUAGGGCUUUAAGGCACCGACUUCUUCUACUAUUGAAGGUUUUAAUGAAAGUUUUGACAAAUGUAGAGGCUUCAGUCUUAGUUGGAGGAUGUGUCCUGGCUGUUGAUCUUCUGACAUCCGCUCAUGAAACUUCAGAAAGAACUGCUAUUCCAUUGCAAACUAAUUUGUUAGCGGCAACUGCUUUCAUGGAGCCCCUCAAGGAAUGGAUGUUUAUAGACAAGGAAGGCACACAAGUUGGACCAGUGGAAAAGGAUGCUAUAAGGAGAUCCUGGUCAAAGCAGGUUAUUGAUUGGACAACAAGGUGUUGGGCUUCUGGGAUGUCUGACUGGAAGAGGUUAAGAGAUAUACGCGAACUUCGGUGGGCACUGGCUCUUAGGGUUCCUGUCCUCACUCCUACUCAGGUUGGGGAUGCAGCAUUGUCUAUAUUACACAGCAUGGUAUCAGCACAUUCAGAUUUAGAUGAUGCUGGAGAACUAGUUACACCAACACCAAGAGUAAAAAGGAUCCUGUCAAGUCCUCGCUGUCUUCCACACAUUGCACAGGCCAUGCUUACCGGAGAACCAACUAUUGUAGAGAAUGCUGCAGCAUUAUUGAAGUCCGUUGUCACAAGAAAUCCUAAGGCAAUGAUAAAGCUGUAUGGUACAGGAGCAUUUUAUUUCGCAUUGGCAUACCCUGGAUCAAAUCUCCUCUCGAUUGCACAAUUGUUCUCUGUUACACAUGUCCAUCAAGCAUUUCAUGGUGGCGAAGAAGCCGCAGUUUCUUCUUCUUUGCCAUUGGCCAAACGUAGUGUGUUGGGAGGUCUUCUUCCCGAGUCUCUGCUUUAUGUAUUGGAUCGAAGUGGUCCAGCUGCCUUUGCUGCAGCUAUGGUUGCUGAUUCUGAUACUCCAGAAAUCAUAUGGACUUACAAAAUGAGGGCAGAAAAUUUGAUUCGCCAGGUUUUGCAACACCUUGGGGACUUCCCUCAGAAACUAUCCCAACAUUGUCAUUGUCUGUAUGAUUAUGCUCCAAUGCCACCAGUAACAUAUCCUGAGUUGAGGGAUGAAAUGUGGUGUCACCGUUAUUACCUUCGAAACUUAUGUGAUGAAAUUCGAUUUCCAAAUUGGCCUAUAGUGGAACAUGUUGAGCUGCUACAGUCUUUGUUGGUAAUGUGGCGUGAAGAAUUGACACGAAGACCUAUGGAUCUAUCUGAGGAAGAAGCCUGCAAAAUCUUGGAAAUAUCCUUAGAUGAUGUGUCCAAAGAUGACUUUAAGGCUACACAUGCUGUAGAACUGUCUGAGGAGACUCCUGGCAUAUCAAAGCAGAUUGAGAAUAUAGAUGAAGAAAAACUUAAAAGGCAAUAUAGGAAACUUGCAAUGAAAUACCAUCCUGAUAAAAACCCCCAAGGAAGAGAGAAGUUUCUUGCAGUGCAGAAAGCUUAUGAACGUCUGCAGGCUACCAUGCAGGGGUUACAAGGUCCUCAGCCUUGGAGAUUACUUCUUCUACUGAAGGGACAAUGCAUCUUGUACAGGCGAUAUGGAGAUGUAUUGGAGCCAUUUAAAUAUGCUGGGUAUCCAAUGCUAUUGAAUGCAGUCACUGUGGACAAAGAUGAUAAUAUUUUCCUUUCAACUGAUAGGGCACCUCUUCUAGUUGCUGCUUCCGAGCUGCUUUGGUUGACGUGUGCAUGUUCUUCACUAAAUGGCGAAGAGUUUGUAAGAGAUGGUGGAAUACAGCUGCUUGCUAUUCUUCUUUCCCGAUGCAUGUGUGUGGUUCAGCCAAUGACUCCUCCUACCGAACCGUCAGCUAUUAUUGUCACAAAUGUGAUGCGAACAUUUUCUGUUCUGAGUCAGUUUGAAAGUGCCAGAAAUGAAAUACUCAGAUUUUCUGGACUGGUGGAGGAUAUUGUACACUGCACUGAACUUGAGCUUGUAGCUCCCGCUGUUGAUGCCGCACUUGAGACUAUUGCAAAAGUUUCUAUCUCCUCAGAGCUACAGACAGCCUUACUAAAGGCUGGUGUUCUAUGGUACCUUGUGCCGUUAUUGUUUCAAUUUGAUUCUACUGCUGAGGAAUCUGACGUAAAGAAGACACACAGUGUGGGUGCUAGUGUUCAAGUUGCCAAGAAUCUGCAUGCUGUUCUGGCAUCUCAAGCAUUGUCAAAGCUUAGUGGUUUGGCCACAGAGGAGAAUCUAACACCCUAUAAUCAGUCUGCUGCUGAUGUUCUGAGAAAUUUGCUGACCCCUAAACUUGCCAGCAUGCUGAAAGAUCCUAUGCCAAAAGAACUCCUCGCAAAAUUGAAUUCAAAUCUGGAGACACCAGAGAUUAUAUGGAACUCUUCAACGCGAGCAGAUUUAUUAAAAUUUGUGGACCAGCAGCAAGGAAGCCAAGGCCCAGAUGGUUCAUAUGAUCUAAAAGAUGCAGAAUCUUUUGCAUACGAAGCAUUAUCAAAAGAACUGUUUGUUGGUAAUGUUUAUUUGAGGGUCUACAAUGAUCAACCAGAUUCAGAAAUUAGCGAGCCAGAAGCUUUCUGCUUUGCUCUUGUUGAUUUUAUUUCAUGUUUGGUCCACAACCACUUGACUACCACUUCAGAUGUUCAGAUGGAUGGAUCAUCCUCCGAUACAUCUCAACUUCAGUCCACUGACACUGAUAUCGCAAGUAAUGGGCAGCAUGUUUCUGAUGAUUCUCUGGAACAAUUUGAUGAUAGAGUAAUGAACAAGGAGGAUCCAAAACUGAUUAAGAAACUGGAAUUUGGAUUGACAUCACUUCAGAACUUGCUGACUAGCAAUCCACCGUUGGCAUCUGUAUUCUCUAUUAGAGAAAAGUUAUUACCUCUCUUUCAAUGCUUGUCAGUAACUGCUACUACAACAAAGUGCAACAUUCCUCAGCUUACUUUGACAGUGUUCUCUCUGUUGACUGCACAUGCUCCUUGUUUGGAAGCCAUGGUUUCUGAUGGAUCUGGUCUUUUGCUUUUGUUACAAAUGCUCCACUCUUCCCCUGACUGCCGUGAAGGGGCACUUCAUAUUCUCUACGCCUUAGCAAGCACACCAGAACUAGCAUGGGCGGCAGCCAAGCAUGGUGGAGUGGUGUACAUUCUUGAACUUCUCCUUCCCAUGCAAGAAGAAAUCCCUCUACAACAAAGAGCUGCAGCUGCAUCUUUGAUGGGGAAACUUGUUGGACAACCAAUGCAUGGACCCAGAGUGGCAAUAACGCUUGCAAGGUUUUUGCCGGAUGGUCUGGUUUCUAUUAUUAGGGAUGGGCCUGGUGAAGCUGUUGUAAUUGCACUUGAUCAAACUACAGAGACUCCGGAGCUUGUGUGGACACCAGCAAUGGCAGCUUCUUUGUCUGCACAAAUUGCUACGAUGGCGUCAGACCUAUACCGUGAGCAGAUGAAAGGUCGUGUGGUUGAUUGGGAUGUACCAGAACAAGCAUCUGGCCAGCAGGAAAUGAGAGAUGAACCUCAGGUGGGUGGAAUUUACGUCAGACUUUUCUUGAAAGAUCCGAAAUUUCCUCUUAGAAAUCCAAAAAAGUUUCUGGAAGGCCUGUUAGAUCAGUACCUUUCUUCAAUUGCUGCCACGCAUUAUGACCAGGCAGUUGAUCCUGAGCUGCCCCUACUUCUUUCGGCUGCACUGGUGUCACUAUUGCGGGUACAUCCAACUCUUGCAGAUCAUGUUGGGUACCUUGGGUAUGUGCCAAAGCUUGUGUCUGCAGUAGCCUAUGAAGGAAAGCGGGAAACAAUGUCCACAGAAGAGAUGAAUAAUGGACAUUAUGCAGAUGAAAUGUGUCAAACUGACGAUAAUCCUACUCAGCCAAGCUCACCAACUCCUCAAGAACGUGUUCGUCUGAGUUGCUUACGUGUCCUGCAUCAACUUGCAGCAAGUACAACAUGCGCUGAAGCUAUGGCCACUACUAGUGUAGGAACACCUCAGGUUGUUCCUCUUCUAAUGAAAGCUAUUGGCUGGCCUGGUGGAAGCAUACUGGCUCUGGAGACACUAAAGCGUGUUGUAGUUGCUGGAAACCGAGCUAGGGAUGCCCUUGUCGCACAAGGACUUAAAGCUGGUCUUGUUGAGGUGCUUCUUGCUCUUCUUGAUUGGAGGGCUGGAGGAAGAAGUGGACUUUGCUCACAGAUGAAGUGGAGUGAAUCUGAAGCAUCCAUUGGCCGGGUGCUAGCUAUUGAGGUUUUGCAUGCUUUUGCAACAGAAGGAGCCCACUGUGCUAAAGUGCGAGAAAUAUUAAACGCUUCUGAUGUAUGGGGUGCUUACAAAGACCAAAAGCACGACCUUUUCCUUCCUUCAAAUGCACAAUUAUCAGCUGCUGGAGUUGCGGGUUUAAUAGAGAGUUCAUCAUCCAGGCUUACCUAUGCCCUUACAGCUCCACCAUCAGCACCUAAUGUAUCGAGGUCACCACCAGCAGCGAUUGGAUAUGAUUUUAAUGGAAAGUCGGAUCUGUGACAAUAAUAGACAAGAAUAUUAACGCUUAUUUGACCACGCUUGAAUGCACAAAAGAAAGUGUUGUUGGAUCAUACUAACUAACGAGAUCAGAAAACCGAUAUCUAUAUAUAUAUAUAUAUAUGAUACAUCUGUAUAGAGAUCGAUGUUGUACAGUGAGUAUUUUCUCCCUUCAUUUUAUUUAUUUCUUUUGCCGCCGCAUGUGCUUUUGCU